AUAAUACGACAUUUUCUACGAGACGGAUUGAGGACCGACGGAGAGACUAACUACAAGAUUUAGCGAGGGAGGACUAUUCGAAUCUAGUAACUGUAGUGGUCCGGUGGCAAGGCUUAUAUAAAGGCCAUCUGAGGAUGGCUAUGAUCACCAUAUAAGCUCUCAGUUUUUAGAAGUAGUGUGGGGUAAAAAUGGAGUUGAAGAAAAGUUUGAAGUUGGAGCUCUUAGGGUUUUUCCUUUUGAAUGUGUUUGUGCUGUCCAUGGCCAGAAAGACAAUCCCUUCCAUCAACUGGGUUCUGAAGGAAACAAAAUAUACAAGGUUGUGUAGCUCAAAGAAUAUCUUGACAGUCAAUGGAUUGUUUCCAGGGCCUACUUUGUAUGUCCGAAAGGGUGAUAGGUUGAUUGUUAACGUUCAAAACCAAGGGAAAUACAAUGUCACCAUUCAUUGGCACGGAGUGAAGCAGCCAAGAAAUCCAUGGUCAGAUGGACCCGUGUACGUGACACAGUGUCCAAUUAGACCCGGUGCAAAUUUUAGUUAUGAACUCAUAUUCUCAACCGAAGAAGGUACCCUUUGGUGGCAUGCUCAUAGUGAUUGGUCUCGAGCCACGGUCCAUGGCCCUAUUGUUGUAUACCCUUCAAAUGGAACAACCUACCCUUUUCCCAAGCCUCAUGCAGAGUUUCCUAUUGUUUUGGCAUCGUGGUUUAAGGGAGAUGUAAUGGAGAUAAUUCAAAGUGCACUUGAAGGCGGAGGCGAACCAAACAAGUCAGAUGCUCUCACCAUCAAUGGCCAACCGGGUGAUCUAUACAAUUGUUCCAAACCCGGGACGUUCAACGUGAUGGUAAAUUAUGGAAAGAGGUAUCUUCUUCGCGUCAUCAACUCAAUUAUGAACGAAGAAGUGUUCUUCGCGGUAGCUAAGCAUAAGUUCACAGUCGUUGGAAUGGAUGCAGCAUACAUCAAACCCAUAGAAACUGAUUAUAUCUUGAUAACCCCUGGACAAACCAUGGACAUCUUAUUGACUGCAAAUAAGUCCCCGAGCCACUAUUACAUGGCAGCUAGAGCCUCUGCCGGUGUUGUAUACGAUAACACUACUACAACUGCGAUCGUGAAAUACAUUGGAAAUUAUACAGCCCCAUCGACGCCAGCAUUUCCUAGUACCCUCCCGAAUUAUACUGACAUCGAUGCUGUAACAGAUUUCACCAAGCAGAUUAAGGCCCUGGCUAGCAAGGACUACCCGAUUGAUGUCCCCAAAAAAAUCGAUACCCGACUUUUCAUAACUAUCUCAGUGGGCUCGAUUCCGUGCCCUAAUGAUUCGUGCGAGGGACCAGAUGGUUCUAGGCUCGCUGCAAGCUUGAACAACGUAAGUUUUAAGGAGCCCACGGUGGAUUUAUUGCAAGCGUAUUACAGGAAAAUCGGAGGGAUUUUCACGACCGACUUUCCAAACGUGCCGCCUUACUUCUUCAAUUUUACGGCCGAUGUGACGCCUGAUAACGUUUUAAUACCGUCGACGGGGACGAAAGUGAAAGUCCUGGAGUUUAAUUCAACUGUGGAGAUAGUGUUUCAGGGGACUAAUAUACUAAAUGCAUCUGAGAACCAUCCAAUGCAUUUACAUGGCUUCAGCUUUUAUCACGUUGGAUCUGGUUUUGGAAACUUUGAUAAUAAGACUGAUCCAAAAGGGUACAAUUUGGUUGACCCACCUGAGAUAAACACUGUCGGGGUGCCCAAGAAUGGAUGGGCUACAAUCAGAUUCAGAGCUGAUAAUCCAGGAGUGUGGUUCAUGCAUUGUCACUUGGAAAGACAUUCUAGCUGGGGAAUGGAUAUGGCAUUUAUUGUGAAGAACGGGUCCACCAGGUUAACAAGUAUGCGGCGGCCCCCACGUCGCUUGAAUCCUUGCUAAAUAAAUUUCUCCGAUCUGAGAAAAAGCUAGCUAGUAAUCCAAUUUGGCACAAGCCAAGUUUAGGUUGUGAAUAAUUCUCACCACGUGGCGGUGUUCCAAGACUAAGGAAUAAGCAUAUUACAUAUGCAGCGUCGUUCUUUAUAUUCUAAGAAAAAACGCAACUAAAAAAACAAAAGAAUUCUUGGUGUGGUUUUUGUUUAAAGGAUAUUAUAUUUGUUGUAGCUUGCUAGGAUGUGCUUGUUUGUAUCCUGUGGUGGCAUUUCUGUGACUUCAUGAAUGUUGAUUCAUUUGAAGGUCUGCAACUCACUAGGAA